AUGGCACCUACGGCUGGAAAAGAAAGUGGGUUGGACGGGGCCGAGAGCUCCUGCACGACGCCGUUGGCGACGCCAACGGCGACACCAAUUGCAACUCCGAUGUCGACGAGGUCGGUGAAGUGGGAGAAGGACGUCGAGGAUGCGGCUGGCGCUCUGCAGCGGCCACUGCUUUACCAGCGCGGCACCAACACGACGUCGCAGAUGGCCAUCGUCGGCGCCAACACCUGCCCCAUUGAGAGCCUCGAUUACGAAAUUGUGGAGAAUGAAGUUUACAACCAAGACUGGAGAUCAAGAGGGAAACUUCAGAUCUUCCAAUACCAGGUCCUUAAAUGGGUCCUGGCACUUUUUGUAGGUGUAGUCGUUGGCCUAGUUGGAUUCUUCAGCAACAUUGCUGUCGAAAACAUCGCCGGGUUCAAGUUGCUCCUGACGGGCGAUCUCAUGCUCGAGAACCGGUACCUCGCAGCUUUUGUGCUAUACAUCGGUUGCAAUGCAAUGUUGGCUGCUGCGGCUGCAGCGUUGUGCGCUUACAUUGCCCCAGCAGCAGCCGGGUCUGGCAUCCCUGAGGUGAAGGCGUAUCUGAAUGGCGUCGAUGCGCACUCGAUUUUGGCGCCUAGUACCCUCUUAGUGAAGAUUUUAGGCUCAGUAUUAGGGGUGUCUGCUGGAUUUGUGCUGGGCAAGGAAGGCCCUAUGGUGCAUACCGGCGCUUGUGUUGCCUCCUUGCUCGGGCAAGGGGGGUCCCGGAAGUAUGGCCUCACUUGGAACUGGAUCAGGUACUUCAAGAAUGAUCUGGACCGAAGGGAUCUCAUCACCUGCGGAGCUGCAGCUGGUGUGGCGGCGGCCUUCCGUGCCCCGGUUGGAGGCGUGCUCUUUGCGCUUGAAGAAGUUACAUCAUGGUGGCGGAGCGCUCUUCUCUGGAGGACCUUCUCCACGACAGCAGUGGUGACAAUGGUGCUGCACGCGCUAAUCACCUACUGCCGUGGCGGCCACUGUGGCUUGUUUGGCAAAGGAGGGCUGAUCAUGUUCGAUCUCGGCUCACGGCAAGUGACCUACACCGUAACGGACCUUGCCGCGGUCGUGUUGCUCGGCGUCCUCGGCGGUCUGCUUGGUGCCCUUUUCAACUUCCUCGUCGACCGGGUCCUUCGCGUAUAUAGCCUCGUCAACGAGAAGGGCGCGUGCUACAAGAUCGUCCUGACGGUGACCAUCUCGGUGAUCACUUCGUGCUGCACCUUCGGCCUGCCAUGGCUGACGACGUGCACCCCCUGCCCGCCCGAGCUCGCCAGGACGAAGUGCCCGACCAUCGGCCGCUCUGGCAAUUUCAAGAACUUCCAGUGCCCGCCGGGUCACUACAACGCGCUGGCGUCCCUCUUCUUCAACACCAACGACGACGCCAUCCGCAACCUCUUCAGCGCCGGGUACGACUUCAGGGAGUUCGGCGUGUCGACGCUCCUCAUCUUCUUCACCACGGUGUACACCCUGGGCCUGCUCACCUACGGCGUGGCCGUGCCGUCGGGCCUCUUCAUCCCCGUCAUCCUGGCGGGCGCCUCGUUCGGCCGCCUGGUCGGCACGCUGCUGGGCUCGGUGAGCGGCCUCGACCCGGGUCUCUUCGCGCUGCUCGGCGCCGCGUCCUUCCUCGGCGGGACGAUGCGGAUGACGGUGUCGGUGUGCGUCAUCCUGCUGGAGCUCACCAACGACCUGCUCCUGCUGCCGCUCAUCAUGCUCGUGCUGCUCAUCGCCAAGACGGUGGCGGACUGCUUCAACAAGGGUGUGUACGAGCAGAUCGUGCGCAUGAAGGGGCUCCCUUACCUGGAGGUGCACGCGGAGCCGUGCACGCGGAGCCUGGUGGCCGGCGACGUGGUGUCCGGCCCGCUCGUCACCUUCUCCAGCGUCGAGCGCGUGGGCGCCGUCGUCGAGACGCUGAGGAGCACGGGCCACAACGGGUUCCCCGUGAUCGAGGACCCGCCGUUCGCGCCGGCGCCGGAGCUGUGCGGCCUCGUCCUGCGCUCCCACCUGCUGGUGCUGCUGCAGGGGCGGAUCUUCACGAGGGCCCGCGUCAAGACCGGCGCCGCCGAGGUGUUCCGCACGCUCGCGCCGUUCGACUUCGCCAAGGCCGGCUCCGGCAAGGGCCUCAAGGUGGAGGACCUGCAGCUCACCGAGGAGGAGAUGGACAUGUACGUGGACCUCCACCCCAUCACCAACCGGUCGCCGUACACCGUCGUGGAGAACAUGUCGCUGGCCAAGGCUGCCACGCUGUUCCGCGGCCUCGGCCUCCGCCACAUGUGCGUCGUGCCGAGGACGCAAGGGAGGCCGCCGGUGGUGGGGAUCCUGACGCGGCACGACUUCAUGCCGCAGUACAUCCGCGGGCUGUACCCGAACGUGCUCCCCCGCUAG